CUAGUGUAAAAUAUAUUUUUGUGGUGACAGCAGCUGCUGCUUCUCAGUGGUGAGAACUUCUUUAUUUUUAUUUUUUUUUUUGUAAGUGUUUAUUGUUUUCGGUGAAAAAAAAAAAUAAUUAAAAUCAGUGUUUACAAAUAAUAAAGAUUGCAAAAAAUAAAACAAAACUUUUUUUUACACUGAUAAUUUUUGGAAAAAUAUUUCAGAAUUCAGAUGGAGAAUAUGAAUGACAUAAUGGAAGAUGAUGGUUAUGCUGGUUAUGAAGCAGAUCCUUUGGAUGAUAAUUUUCAAGUUAAAUGCGGCCAAAUUCUUGUUUCAGCUACUCAAAAAUUUUCCUUGCGUUGUGCAGGAUGUGAUUUGGAAUACGAUAGUUUUAAAGAUUUUAUAAAUCACUGUAUAGAAAUGCAUUCAUUUACAGAUUUUGAAGUUGAUACAAAAAACAAUGCAACAGGUCGCAAAUCAGUUUUUGAAUUAAAUGAGGAUUCUAAUAUGAGUAGUUUAAUCACGAUGGGCCCGCCAGCUUGUGGCAACUUAGAUAUAAGUAAUGGUAGCUCUCAGAAUUUCUCUGAAAAAGGAAACAGGAGUUUCAAAGAUCAAAAUCAAGAUAGCGAUAUUUGUAUGGAAAGUGCAAAACCAAGAAAACCACUUAUAACUUUAAAACCAAUUGAGUCAUUACAAAAGAAAACCUUCAGUAAAAGUGAGGAUGAUUUUCGAUCACCACGUAAAAGGGUUUAUCAACAAUCAGAAUGUCGUUUCCAAUGUAAAUAUUGCGACAAAAGUUAUCCAUAUUCAAGUUCGUUAAGUAAACACAGAAAUUUAUUUCAUAAUGAAAUAAAAAAGUAUCAAUGUUCAUUUUGUGAUAAUCGUUUCACAGAUGAAAUAUAUUUAAUACGACAUCAGAAAGCGCGCCAUAAAAAUGCUUUGCAACCGUAUGCAGAAGACCCAAUAAUAUUAUUAGAGGAUUUUGGUGAUAAUUUAGGAGAUAAUAAAAACAAUACCGAUAAUUCUAAAUAUCCCUCGGUUAAAAAUGAACCAAUGGAAAAUUAUAUUGCCAACGAUGAUCAUAAUAUGCAAAAACACAUUAAAAAUAAUGGUAAUCAUAACGAUAGCGAAAUUAAGUCAAAAAACAAUACUUCAUUUAGAAAAGAUAAAAUUAUCUAUUCAAAAUCAAAUUUUCAAGUUCAAAAUAAUAUAAGUGGUCAAUCUAGUAAAAGCCCUAAGAUGCCAAAAGUGAUUUAUAAAUGUACAAUGUGUCCAGAAAGUGAAAAUAUUACAUUUCGAUCAAAAAAAGAAUGGCAGGCACAUGAAAAUCAUGCCCAUCUUCAGCCUGAAAAAUUCCGUUGUCAAAUAUGUAACGUUGGCUAUCCCUCAAAAAAACUGUUCCAGGAUCAUGAACAAGAAAAACAUCAGGAUCAGAGACCUUACAAAUGUCCAAUAUGCUUCUUUGCUUUUAAAGAACGUAAGCACUUGAUGCGACACGAAAAGGUGCAUACAGGUGAAAAACCUUUUAAAUGCCCAUUUUGUGCAGAACAGUUCACAAGAAAAGACGCACUCAAAACACAUCAUUCAAAAGAGCAUCCUGAUAUGCCAAUUGAUCAUAUUAAAUAAUAGAAAAUUUAAACUUAUGUAUUUAAUAUUUAAAUUAUUGUUUUUUGUUUUUUUUUUUUAUUUUAUUGAGAAAAAAUUGAAUGCAGGUUAUAUUUGAAUUUCAAAAAUAUCUACUUGUAUUUCUUUAAUCUUUAAACGCGUAUAGCAUAUGCUUUAUCUAUAAAAUGAAAAUUCCAAUUUUAGAAGAUAAAGAUUUUUUUUUAAUAAGUUUUAAUUUAAAAAAUAAACAAGUAUUUAAUUAUAUUAUAUAAAUAAUAUUAAGUGAAAAUAAAAAUCAAAAGAAUGGCGUUAAAUUCCCGUAUUAUAUUCAAGUGUAAAGUAAACGAAAAUUAACUCAAAUGUUUUAUACCACAAAAAUUAUGACUUUCACCAUAUAGAUGGUUUUACUUUAUUUUGUUUUUUUUUUAUUUUGAAUUAAAUUUGAAAAUAACAAACAUGAAACCAAACCAUAUUAUUAUCUUAAAAUCUUUUUAAGUUUUCAUAGCCCAUUCUAAAAAUUAAAUGAAAAAAUCGAUAAAUAAUAUAAGUAUAAAUGAAAUUUUAUUGUAUCUAGC